GGACAAUCAACGAAAUGCGCAGCCGUGAGGCCUCCUGGACAGUUGGCGGGACGGGAUGAGGCCGAUACUAGCGUUGGCUGUGUUAGGCUUCAUCGCUGGAGCCCGCGGACAGGCUUCGCAGGGAUCAACGGACACCAAAUACUACCCUUACCUUGAGUCGCUCACCAUAUGCACUCCCAUCAACAUCUUCAUCAAUAGCUCGACGGAUGGAAAGUAUGCUGUGACCGUGGAUGCCGAUCCAGCUGUGAGGAAGGCCCUGCUGAUCACCUACCAGGGAAAGGGGCUGGGCAUCGAAAGCUUUGGGGAUUUCGAGAGCAGCAACCCCAUCAAGAUAACUUUCAGCCUGCCUCCUGGAGUCUUGCAGUAUAUCGAAGCAGACUACACCAAUUCAGACAUAGCCAUCGAUACAUCCUUUUCCAAGCAAAAGGGAGAAAUAGCCAACAAUGGCAAUGGCCGCAUCAUAGUGUCCAAGGGGCUGGAUGGCGAUCUGGUGAAAGUCAGUACUGUGGGGUCUGGGGACGUGGUGAUCAAUGGCGCUGGCCAGUACACUGAGAUUUUCUCAGCUGGUGCUGGCAACAGAUACCUGUCUGGCUUCAAGGGGCAGAUCAAUGUCAAGCAUGAUGGCAGCGGAGCUGUCUUCAUCAAUCCUGCUACAGACUCUGUCAACAUUGGAGGAGUCAACACAGGCUCUGGAGCAGUGUCUUAUGCACAGGGCAACUGCACAGUCAGGAAGGAUCCGGAUGCUGGGCCUCUGAGGGUUGGUGAUGCAUGCACAAAGGUGGACAGCGUGUCAGUGCCCAAGCAGACUGUCUACUGGACAUGCGGCAUUGCAGUGAAGGGUGAUUAUGCAUGUGGAGGAGGUGGUUUGGAUGGACCACCAAGUGUGACCAGCAUUCCAUGCAGUGUGCAGCAGAAUGGGCUGGUGAUGAUGUCAACUUCAACAUAUUGAGACAUGGCCGGGUUGUCUUACUGAAGUAUGUGCAAGCCUCCAGAGAUGAGGUAGUUUUGUGCCGGCAAUCUCUACAUCUACCUUGAGUUGAGCCUCUGCAGGCUGUGAUUGUUUCUGUCUGGGUGUUGAUGCCAUGUGGGUGCUUUGAAGGCAUAUAUGUUGACCCAGAGCCCUUGGAUCAGAUUAAUGUUGCUUCCAUUGC